AUGGCGCAAAUAAUUCAAAUAACAAAUGCCGACUUCUUUGUAAGACAUCAUCUAGCUAGUGGGGACAGCAGUCAUAAUGAGGUUGAGCGUUGCCAGAGUUAUGUUGGUGAUGCUAUUUGUGAUGGGGGUCCAAUUGAAUGGGAAUACAGACAGCCAUAUGGACGACUAUCCAAUGAUCAGCUUGCUAACAUGACACUAGAGGAGCUUGAAGACUCAGAACAUAACCGAUUGAAAUUCAAUGCAUUUAAGGUUUGUGAUGAGCUUACUGAUCGUAUCAAUGGUGCUCCAGCUCCUGGGGGAUUUAUGAAAGCAUACACAUCUGUUCCUUGUGAUGAAAUGUUUUUCAACGAUGAGGACUAUGUCCAAGACUACCUACAUGCAACAAAACAGAAGAGAAAAUCACUGCCUGGAGCAAAUUAUUUCAACCAAGUUAUGUCAUUUGUUGAAACCCACUUUGAACGUGGGGAGAAAUACAUUGAAUUUGUAAAGUUCUCUUGCACGAAGUCAGAAGUAUGUGCAUUUUGUUCAACUCAUGGCUGGGUUGGGCCACCAUGUGAAACAGUUCCCAAACCUUAUCCUAAUUAUGAAGCAGAUGGUUUUCAUUACCGAAGUGUUUUCGAAACCCCUGUUGAAGUUGAUGGAAAAGAUCGAGAAGUGGAUGAUUUCCAGCCCAGAAAGCAAGCUAGAGACCAUGUAAUAGAGGGAAACCUGGACAGGGAUGAAGAUGUGAAAGGAUUCUGUGACAAAUAUAUGGUUGAGGAGAUCCUUUUGUGA